AUGGUGGUAGCAUUAGGUCCCGGAAAGUUCUACGGCAGCAGCUUACCAAGGCCGCGGUUUUACGAAAACCCAAAUGGAGAACGGGUCGAUCCACCAGUAUCUGUUUUGGAUCCGUUUUUGUCAUGGGCUGAGGAAGCUCAUUGGUCAAUGGGGGGUUUGAGCUUCAAACGCCUCCGUCUUCAGGGACGGAUCGAAGGUAACAUCAAGAAACUCAGAGCUGAGUGUGAGAAGAUCGAGAAGAAAUCGGUGGGUGAGAAGAAGAAGUCGGUGAAAAAGGGUUCGUUGUCGUCACCGGUGGUUCAUGUAAGUCCGUCUCCUCCUCCUGCUCCAUUGAAUUUGAAGAGGAAAAUGCGGUUGGUUGAUGAAUCUGAUGAUGAAAAUGAAGAAAUGGGGGUUGAUGGGAGAGUAGAAAAAAGGGGUUUAGCGAGGAAAUUGGAUGAUGAUUUUGAUAAAGUUGCUGAGAAGAGUGAUGGGGUAGUGAUGGGGAGAACAAGGAGUGGGAGAAAUAAAGAGGCUGUAGUUGAGAAAAUUGUGAAAUUGAAACCCAAAGGUAGGAAAUUGAAGAAGGGGUUGAAGGGAUCUGAGAAGAAGAGUGUAUCAGUGACACCAAAUGCAGCAAGAACUUCACCGAGAUUGUCGAAACGUAGGUUGCCUUGAAGGUGUUUGAUAAUUUGUGUCAAUGAAUGAAACCUUCAAUAG